AGUCCAGCUGUGUAACAUUUUCUUUCUUUUCCAUUUGAGAAUAUACUAGGCUUUUGAUUGCUCAAAAGAUGAUUGAACACGGGACAGAUAUCUUGGAAUUCCUAAAGAAUUUCCCAAUAUCUGUAUCUAUACUGUGUGUGAUACCRUUUGUGAUCCUYAGCGGGCCAGUUUCGUCCGUUAAUGGUGCUCAUGAAUUUCCCGUCUUCAGAAUGCAGCAAUUUGAUCUUCAUCAAGUACCGGCAGGUUCUCGCAGUGCUCUUUUGAAUAUGGAAGCUAGACCAUUGUCUUCUGAAGUCCUGACUCGGCGAUGUGUGGUGACUAAGCUGUCAGAGUUGACAAUAGAUCGUUUUAGACAAGCAGUUGAAAGUGGAGCUGGUGGUUUUCUCAUUCUUCUACCCAGACACUUUAUGAACCUGACUCAAGUCCAUUUAGAGGAAUGGCAGGUGUUAGAGAAAGAGCUUCUUUCUAAGGCAGUUCCUGUAGCAGUGUAUUUUGCUUACCAAGAUGACUACCUUGAAGAYUUACAUAAUCACAUACAGGUUGCUGUAACUAGUGACCAGGCUGGCUCUGCUUUUGAAGCUCUUCUUGGUGUUACAUCUGCCAGUGGAUAUCAACUGGUUUCUACAGCAUCUGAAUCCAAGCAGAAAAAAGACACAACUAUCACUAAUAUGCAGGGUAAACUGGCUGGAAUGGGUGUUGAUGAGAAUCUUCCAACGAUAGCAAUAGUGGCUCAUUACGACACUUUUGGCAUGGUACCUAGUCUUGCUAAUGGAUCAGAUUCAAAUGCAAGUGGUGUUGUUGCAUUGUUAGAACUUGCAAGAGUUUUUUCCAGGUUAUACACAGAUUUGCAAAGUCAUGCAAAAUAUCACUUAGUGUUCUUUCUAUCUGGAGGAGGCAAGUUUAAUUAUCAAGGAACAAAGAAAUGGUUGGAAGAUAGUAUUGAUAAUCCUGAGCAAAGUGCUUUGAAUGAAGUUGAUUUUGUUUUGUGUCUGGAUAGUCUGAGUCAAGGAGAUAAUUUAUUUCUACACGUUUCUAAACCACCAAAAGAAGGGACAAGAGCAUACGACCUAAUAGAGGAAUUCAAGAUGGUUGCUUCAACACUAUUUUCACAGCUUAAUUUUUCAAUCAUUCAUAAAAAAAUAAAUCUUGCUGAAGAGAUGCUCUCAUGGGAGCAUGAACGUUUUUCCAUACACACUCAACGCUUGCCAGCGGGAACAUUGUCUCAUUUUGAGGACCCUACAUCAUCUGCAAGAAGAUCCAUGUUUGAUAUAAGAUGGCAUGAUGAUAAAAAGCUAGAAAGAAACAUUAAUUUUAUUGCUGAAGGUUUGGCAAGACAUAUUUUCAACCUAACUAAAAAGGGCUAUUCUAAGGACUUGAAAGUGUUUACACAGGGAUUGGCUGUAGAUUCUGAGUUUAUUAAGACAUGGAUGAACUACCUGGGUCACCUACCAAGACCAGCACAGGCCUUGCACAAAGAUCAUCCUUUUCUACAAGGAAUAGAGCUGGCGUUGUCCAGGUACAUCAAGGAUAUCAAGAAGACUACUGUCAAAGCUGAUAAAAGAGACCCUGAAUUUGUAUUCUAUGACCAACUUGAUGCUAAAAUGUCUGCGUACAGAGUGAAACCUGCUGUGUUCGACUUAUUUUUAGCUGUUGGCAUUGGAUCAUAUCUCGGAAUUUUCUACCUCGCUAUGACGAAUUUCUCAUGGUUAUCAGAUGUUUUGCAAAGACAAGUUGUAAGCAAUCUUAAAAUGAAGCAGACUUAGUCAGGUCAUUUUUAUCAACAAGUUUACAAACGUUUACAAAAGCUGCAAGAUGUCGUGGCCACAAAAGCCAAUUUUUUGUUUUAUAAUGCGUUUUAUUUCGUGCUUGUACAAUAUUACACACUGCUUUUUAAAGAAAUCUAAAUAAACAGCAUUUUCAAUUUCUGGA